AUGACCUGUGCCUCAAGUAUUGCCAAUGAUCCACCUGAGAAUUUAGCCAAUGAGACCAGAGACAGUUCAGUUCUGCCCUCUGUGACAACCAAGUCUGACAAGAAGUUUGAGACAGUUCAGACAAAUAGUAAUGUACCUCAGCCACCUGGGACAAAUCAGUUUCCUAGUGGUUCCAGUUCUUCCAUGGUGACCAGCGGCACUAAUUCUCCCACUGUGGGACCGACUCUGUCCACAGGUAGCUCAUCUCAGACCACUGUGACAAUUCAGCCUCCUGGUGGUGCCAAUUCUCCUGCCCCGGGACAGACUCCAUCCACCGGUGGUUCAUCUCAGCCCUCUGUGACAACUCAGUCUCCUGGUGGUGCCAACUCUCCUGCCCCGGGACAGACUCCAUCCACAGGUGGUUCAUCUCAGCCCUCUGUGACAACUCAGUCUCCUGGUGGUGCCAACUCUCCUGCCCCGGGACAGACUCCAUCCACAGGUGGUUCUUCUCAGCCCUCUGUGACAACUCAGCCUCCUGGUGGUGCCAACUCUCCUGCCCCGGGACAGACUCCAUCCACCGGUGGUUCUUCUCAGCCCUCUGUGACAACUCAGCCUCCUGGUGGUGCCAACUCUCCUGCCCCGGGACAGACUCCAUCCACAGGUGGUUCUUCUCAGCCCUCUGUGACAACUCAGCCUCCUGGUGGUGCCAACUCUCCUGCCCCGGGACAGACUCCAUCCACCGGUGGUUCUUCUCAGCCCUCUGUGACAACUCAGCCUCCUGGAGGUGCCAACUCUCCUGCCCCGGGACAGACUCCAUCCACCGGUGGUUCUUCUCAGCCCUCUGUGACAACUCAGCCUCCUGGUGGUGCCAACUCUCCUGCCCCGGGACAGACUCCAUCCACCGGUGGUUCAUCUCAGCCCUCUGUGACAACUCAGCCUCCUGGUGGUGCCAACUCUCCUGCCCCGGGACAGACUCCAUCCACCGGUGGUUCAUCUCAGCCCUCUGUGACAACUCAGCCUCCUGGUGGUGCCAACUCUUCUACAGUGACUAGCACAGGUCCCAGUGAUCCCUGCAGCUCUGAACCCUGUAAAGAACCUGCUUCUUGUAUCAAGCUGCACAACAGCCGCUUCUGCUUGUGUUUAGAAGGCUAUUACUACAAUGAGACUGAGUCGCCAUCAUGUGUGAAAGGAAAGACAUUCCCUGGAGAGAUUACCAUGAACCCACGAGAAACAGAUGGGCUGGAAGAUAAAAACUCUGCGAACUAUCAAAACUUAUACAAAGAAGUUGUCAAUUUUUUUGCAGAAACAUUCAAUAAGACUGACUAUGGACAGACUGUAAUUCUUAAAGUGAGGUGUGGCAUGGCCAAGGAACACAGAGGCAAGUGGGGGUCCAUGGAGAAGAACACAUCCCAGGCCUUCACUCGCCUGCCAUUGGAGGCCACGUGCCAGAAUGGCAAUUGGUCUCCAUAUGUGGUCUACAGCUGUGGAGAUAGGACGCACAACCUCUUCAAGGUCAGCAAGAUCUGUAUCACCGGUCUCUGUUUCAGUAGUCAAAAUUUGUGUGACUACUAUGGUUGUGUGAACAAUAGCGGCAGUGGUUGCCAGGAUGGUUUAGGAUGCACAUGCAAACCUGGGCUGGACAGGCUGAAUCCGCAGGUUCCUUUUUGUGUUGCUGCUGCCACGAGCUCUGAGUCCUGCUCUGAGUCCUGCAAUGCAGAGGGCAAGGAGCAAUGUGUAAAGUCGAAUAGCGGACAAAUGGAGUGUGUGUGCCUGCCGGGCUACCAGAGGGCAAGCGGGAACGGGAAUUGUGAAGAGUGUCCCUUUGGCUACAGCGGGGUGGACUGCAAAGACCAAUUUCAGCUGAUCCUCACCAUUGUGGGCACCGUGGGUGGAGCCCUCAUCCUCAUCUUGCUGAUUUCUUUUAUCGUCACCGUGAGGUCGAAGAACAAGAAGAAGAAUGUAGAAGAGCAGAAGCUGAUUGAGGACGACUUUCACAACGUACGACUGAGGCAAACCGGCUUCUCCAACUAUGGAGCAGACAACAGCAUCUUCCCCAAAGUCAGAACAGGAGUUCAGAAUCAGACCACUAAUCCCUACGCAAACCAGCGAAGCAUGCCCCGCCCUGACUACUAGAAUGAUAAGAAUUUGGAACCCUUCCCUAGCCCAGCCCACACAAGCUGCAAUCUUAAAGACAAGGAGAAAUGGGCAGAGACAAAGUUUGACCUCCAGCAAUCCUCUGCACUGGUUGCCAACCCCUCUGGGUGAGGACCUGCAUGAAGAACACAGCUUGCUGAAGACACACCCAUCAAAUUAAAUGUACAUAGAUACUAUGAGCCUUUGUAAGAGUUGAUUUUCUCCAGUUAGUACGGAAUGCUACUGUGGUGGGGGCUGGCAUGGGGCUUCUCUUUCCUGGUGGGCCAACCAUUAGCAUUUCCAAUCUAGAGGGAGGGAGCACCCUUGUAGCUCAUCCCUGAGCAGUGCCUCCCCUGUGCUCUGGACUCUGGCCACCCUUGAACAGCCAGCUGCUUGUGAUAGGGCCUCACCUCAAGAACACAGGCAAGAGACAGAAGGAUGACCUGCUUUCUCAGGAGGACCAUGGAGACCCAGGUCCCUUCAGAUGAGAAUAAGAAGGCUUGGACUAGCUCUGUCCUCUGUGGGGACACUCAAGUCUUUCAGAUGUUAGUUGGUAGGAAAAGCAGGGAGGAAAACCAUGAGCAUAGGAAGUAGAGGGAGGCCAAGGAAGCUCUGCUAGGAGGCUGAGGGAGGGAGAAGGUAGCAGGUGGCAUCUUCUCCCUUGAUGAGGUCCCCCUCAGGCAGCUAAUGGGUACUCUGAGGUGCUGCCGCCCCUAAGACAUAGAUCACGGGAAAGCCAUAAAAAGCAGCAGUCAGUGUGAAGCCCUGUGACAGACACCACAGGCCUCUGUCUGGAACUCUGUCAGAGGGGCCAGGUGUCCGCUCAGUGAUGCUUCACUGGGCCUCAGCCUGCUCCAUGAUGGAGGCUUAGCAGUGGCCACCAACACACGCAUAUGUGCACACAUACACAGAGGAUACAUCCAUCCAUCCUGUGUCUUUUUAAAUGUUCAUUGUGCCCUUGUGUCUCUCUGAUGUCCAGUCCUCUCUAAAGGUAUUUUUAUUUGUUAUUAUAUGUCUUGGACUAUUCACUAUGGAAAGCAAUGAUGUAAUAAAAUGUCUUUGGUAGAUAGUGUUA